GGCGACAGUGCAUUUCUUUGAAUUUUACAUUUUCUGCUCCGAAGGAUUUGCAUGUCGGGAAGUUUUUAAGUGUGACGUGGAAAGUUAAUUUAGUUAUUUUGCUCGGACAUUUUUAUUAUGAUAAAAUAUUUAAUGUGCGGACUAGUGUUUGGGCUGUAUUGACACAGUAGACUACUGUUAGGCUACAUUCACACAGCGUUUAUUCGCGGUUCACAGACGACCUUUUUCUUUUUCUUUUAAUUUUUAAAAAUUUUUGGACUGUCAUGUCGCUGGCACCAAAAUGUUUGUGAUUAAUAGCGAGGAGAAUGUGGCAGAGGGAGCUAAACUCUGCAGCGUCUGAACUGGCGGGUCGACAAGAGGAGAGUGAACAUUCCCACAAGCACCUGGUAGAGCUGAGCAGAGAGUUCAAGAGAAAUGUCCCUGAGGAAGUCCGGGAGAUGGUGGCACCUGUUCUCAAGAGUUUCCAAGCCCAGGUGGUUGCUCUGAACAAGCGCAGUAAGGAGGCAGAGUCUGCGUUCCUGGGAAUCUACAAACAGCUUAUCGAGGCCCCAGAUCCCGCUCCUGUGCUGGAGGCCUCACAUUCCCUGGAGGAAAGACUGCAGCAGCUUCAGAGUUCAGCCCCAGACAGCGAGGCCCUGGUACGAGAGAUCAGUGGGCACUGGAAGAAACACCUGGAGUGCCUUGAAAAGACAGAGCCCGCAGAGGACGAUCAGGCAAUCUCAGACACAGCAGUGAAUAAAGAGGCCCCACAAUCCAGCCCUCCAGCCUCCCAGAUGACCCCAAACAGCAUCCCGGCUCCUGGGGCCCCAGACUCCCCACAGCGGAACCACCGGGAUCGUGCUAAUGAUGGCGGGGAGGAGGAGGAGAGCGCUGAUGUUAGCAUGGCUGACAGACUAUCAGAGGCCGAGGAGAAGAUCAAAGUUCUGCAUUCAUCUUUGAACACUGCACAGACAGAGCUGCUGGAGCUGCGGUGUAAAUACAACCAGGAGAUGACGAACAAGGCGGAGGAGGUCGACGGCAUCAUGGCGAGUCUUGAGAAAGCAAACCAGAGAGCGGAAAUGGCUCAGAGGGAAGUGGAAAGGCUAAAGGAACAGCUAUCCAGUGGCCACAGCAUCACCGCAGGGAGCUGCCAUCCAGCAAAGGGCACUAGCAGGGAGAAGAACGAGAAGGGAGAGGUGUUGCCCUCCCAGCUGGAGGCUGCCUUGCUGGCUAAAGACCGUGAAAUCCUCCGCCUUCUCGAAAACAUUCAGCGGCUGCAGUUCACACUGCAGGAAGUUCAAGAAACCUCAGCCAAUCAGAUUCUAGAGCUGGAGCGCCAGGUAGCCUAUAAGACAGAAGCUAUAGAGAGAUUAGAAGCUAAACUGCAAUCCCAGAUGGACUAUGAAGAGAUUAAAACUGAACUCAGUAUCCUAAAGGUAAUGAAGCUGGCUUCAGCCAAUGGCAGCUCAUCCCAGGAUUCUGCUAAGGCUGCAGAGGCUCUUUUGCUGGAUAAAGAGGCCUUUCUUCCAUCUCACAAGUACCUGGUGGAUAAGACCCGAAUACUACACAGCAAUGAUGAUGACCAUUCUGAGGAUGCAGGCAGGGAGAUAGGCAGGCCGCCCGGAUCCCACUCAUCCUCCUCUCAGGUGGACAGUCGUGCCUCCCCCAGCCCCGGUCCCCCCACCCUGGACCGCUCCUCCUCCAGCCAUGAUCUCCCCCGGCCUUUCUCAGUGUCGCCGUGCUCCGGGGACCGGCUGUCAGGAGACCACAUCCUCCACAAACAGCUGUUAUCUCCACACUUUAAAAAGGAUGGCCUCAUGGCUUUCCCUACCGCCCUCUAUGCAGCCAAAGUCGCGCUUAUGUCAGCCUCACAAGGGCCUGUGGGGGCGGGCAGCGUUGAUGCCGGCUUGCCCAGCGACCAGUCAGAAAGCGGCAGCUCGACCGCAGGAGACGAUGACCAACUGGACACGGCGGAGAUCGCCUUCCAGGUGAAGGAGCAGCUGCUGAAGCAUAAUAUCGGCCAGCGAGUGUUUGGCCACUAUGUGCUGGGCCUGUCCCAGGGUUCGGUCAGCGAGAUCCUGGCAAGACCCAAACCCUGGAGGAAGCUGACUGUGAAAGGCAAAGAACCUUUUAUUAAGAUGAAGCAGUUUCUGUCUGAUGAACAGAACAUUCUGGCACUCAGAACCAUCCAGGUCCGACAGAGAGGGAGCAUCACUCCACGCAUCCGAACUCCUGAAACUGGGUCAGACGACGCCAUUAGGAAUAUCCUGGAGCAGGCUAAGAAGGAGAUCCAGUCCCAGAGGGGUGAUGUCAAGUCAUCUCUAAACAGCUCAUCAGGCAGAAGCAGUAACGGGCCUGGCAGCAGCUCUGACGACACCAUAAAGAGCAUCCUCGAACAGGCCAGGAGGGAGAUGGAAGCUCAGCAGCAGGCCCUGAUGGAGAUGGAAGUGUGCGGCAGGGCUUCGACUGCUAGCUCAGGAGUUCAGGUGGAACGUCUGGGGCCCCCCGAGCGCUCCAGGGGCCUGCCUUUACCCAUCUCCAUCAAGCAAGAGGAAGGGGGCUGCAUUACAGUGUGCACAGCCAACCCCGUGAGCAGCCCCCAGACACCCCUCAGCGUCCUCUCCCCUGCCGCUUUCGUCCAGAACAUCAUCCGCAAAGUCAAAUCAGAAAUCGGCGAAGCGGGCACCUACUUCGAUCAGCACUGGUCUCAGGAGCGGGGAUCUAUGGUGCUCGGCGGCGGAAGCAGCUCUCGGCCCUUCAGCUCGGUCUCCCCUUCCUUGUCUUCCUCCUCCUCCGGGCCCUCCACCUUACCCCGGCCGUGGCUGCGUCUGGAGAACGGCGAGGGUCUCCCCAACAGUGAGGAGGCCUCUGCUGCCGAGGACGAGCUGAGCCUGAGCCGGCCAGUGGAGGUGAAGGUGGAGUCAGAUACCUCGGUAAGCGGGGAGUCCCCAGGACCCGGCCCGGGACGCCUUUCCUAUUAUCCAGCAUAUAUCCCCCGUGCACUGAAGCCCACCGUGCCCCCGCUGACACCAGAGCAGUAUGAGAUGUACAUGUACCGGGAGGUGGACACCAUCGAGCUGACUCGGCAGGUGAAGGAGAAGCUGGCAAAGAAUGGCAUCUGUCAGAGGAUCUUUGGUGAAAAGGUGCUGGGGCUUUCUCAGGGCAGCGUGAGUGAUAUGCUGUCUCGGCCCAAACCCUGGAGCAAGCUGACCCAGAAAGGCAGGGAGCCCUUCAUCCGUAUGCAGCUGUGGUUACUGGAUCAGCUAGGACAGAGCCUUAACCAGCCCCCAAACCAGGGCCACACUCAGGAUAAAAGCCCAGUGACGGCCCAGUCCUCACCAUCCCCACCUCCCAGCCCAGCAGACAGCCACCCAAGUCCCCUGGUAGAGCCUGUGAGUCUCUCCAUGGAGAGCAGUAAAGAGAACCAGCAGCCAGAGGGCCUGAGCUUGGGGUUGUCCACCCACCCAGAGGGAGUGAAAUCCACUCCCAGCCUCAUGACCUUGCAUCAGCCCACAAACCCACUGGGCAUCCAGGAGCUGGUGGCCAUGUCUCCAGAGCUAGAUACCUAUGCCAUCACCAAGAAGGUCAAAGAGGUGCUAACAGAUAAUAACUUAGGCCAGCGUCUUUUUGGGGAGACCAUCCUGGGCCUGACGCAGGGCUCGGUGUCUGACCUGCUCUCCAGACCCAAACCAUGGCACAAGCUCAGUCUGAAAGGCAGGGAGCCCUUCGUCCGCAUGCAGCUGUGGCUCAACGAUCCUCACAAUGUAGACAAGCUGAGGGCCAUGAAAAAGAUGGAGAAGAAAGCCUAUUUGAAGAGGCGAUACGGCCUGCUGAGCACCGGCUCGGACAGCGACUCGCCCAGCACUCGCUCUGAGUGUGUGAGUCCGGCUUUGGCCUCUCUGGACUUGUGCCCCUACAGCCAGGCGAAGAAGCCUCGGGUGGUGCUGGGAGCCGAAGAGAAAGAUGCCCUGAAGAAGGCCUACCUUUUAGAGCCCUACCCUUCUCAAAACACCAUCGAGAUGCUGGCGUCGCAGCUCAACCUCAAAACCAACACCGUCAUCAACUGGUUUCAUAACUACAGGUCCAGGAUGCGACGGGAGGUGCUGAUGGAGGGUCUGCCAGACAAUGACACGGAUGCUGAGCACCACAGCUACUCCCCCUCAGUGACACGGAGCCCUCACUCUGACGGAGAGGAGAGGAGGCUGCAGCAGCCCUCAGGACACAUCCAUUCCAGCCUUCCUCUUAGUGCCAACACCUCACUGCCUCAUGUCAAACAGGAGGCAUUAGACAGGGAAGACGACACAGAGGAGGGAAGGGAAAGCUCGGCGAAACAGUCCAGGGUUCAGUGUUUUCCAACAGCCGUGCCGCUGCCGCAGUUGAAAAGUGAGCACGAGGACUCCGUCGCGGGCUGUCGCGAGCCCCACUUGGCAGGCCAGAGCCUGAGGCAGGAAGAAGGUCAGGGUCUCUACCCUGGAGGGCUCUCCGUAGACGGCCCACAGAGAAGCAAUCAGACCAGGCACGAGGGGGAAGACUCCGGAAAGUCACCCGUCGACCCGGUCAGUUUCAAGGCUUCGUCAGAGCCCUGCCGCAGCAGCCUGGAGGUCUCCCUCAACUCGCCCUCUGCUGCAUCCUCACCGGGCCUCAUGAUGUCAGUCUCGCCCGUUCCCUCCUCCUCUGCGCCCAUAUCGCCCUCGCUGCCCAACCCUCCAUCGACGAGCACCAGUCACAGCCUGGACCCUAACCCGCCCCCUCCCUUCCAAAGUCCCAAACUCAACAGGAGCACUCAGAGACGCACGGAGAAAAUGGCCAACCUCAAUAACAUCAUCCACAGGUUAGAGAGAGCAGCCAAUCGAGAAGAGACUCUGGAAUGGGAGUUUUAAGUCCACUUUAGGUGUAUCCAAACCUUUGCGCCACACAGGAGAGUCUCAGAAGCUUCCUGACGUCUUUAAAUGGAGCGUGGCUCCUGAAGGCCUGUCCUCCAAGAAUGAUAACUCACAGGAAAUGGGAACACGGAGCUAAUCAUACGGUUGAAUUCCCUACAAGAACUUGAGAGUUGAAAAAAAAUUUAUAAAUGUGUAUUAGUUUGUUUGUUUUUUUUCCUUUUGAUAAUGCAUACUACUUUGAAAUAUAUGUGACAGCACUAGCUGUCAUUUUACCUAUUGGACUUGACAUGAAGACUUUUGCAGCUAUGGUGUCAUCAAAUGUACACUGAAGUUCUGUAGAUUGCCACUGGGUGAGAUUAAAAGAAGACCCCUGUCUUAAGCCAUUAAAAGCACUAUAACUAUUUGAAAAGAGACACUGACCAAAUUUGCUACUUUUUGAAUAGCAAUUUUUCAGAUUUUGUCUGUAAGACUGGACAGUUUAAGUCAAGUAACAUGAAAUCCUAUUACUGACUGAGGGAUAGUCCUUUAAGACUCUAAAUAUUCAACAUCUUGUAUGUACUUAGUUUCCUGGUGAUAUGUUUUGAAAUAUUUGUAACUCACUCGUAUAAAAUGUGGUUGUACAUGUUGUAGAAUUGUCUGCAAUAGCCUUCUCUAAACCUGAUGUAGCAUGGUACUCACCUGACCCUGUUUAUCCUCUGUAGUUAGUCACCUGUGAUUAUACUUGAGCGAAAACACGAGAAAAAAGAAAAAAGUUGAAAACCCUGCAAAAAAUGCGAAAAAAAAAAAAGGAAAUGUUAAACCUAAUGAGUAGAGUACUUUUGAAGUGUUUUUGGUUUCUUUAGUUUGCUUUGAAUAAUCCUCGAGGUUUACAGUUUAGGGCCCUUGUGCUUUUGGUAGUGAGUGCAACAGUCACUUCGCACGAGCACAGUUUACACGAUUUCUUUCUGACUUACCUCUCUGACGCUCUAAGGCACUGGUUCUCAGACUGUAACGGGCCAAGACACAGGACACCCAGUUUACCUCAGAUUAUGUUGAUGCACAUCAUGCGACGACCAUGCGUUCCAUUCUUUUGCAUAAACAUGACGCACACUUGUUUGGACCGAGGGAGGGAAGGCGCUGGCGUAUCAUGCUUCGGGUGCGAGCUCACGCCUCAGAGGGUCAAACAAUGAAGCGAGUGGUGGUGGUGAUUGGG